CAUCCCAACAGAACUUUCUUCAACAUUUUUUUCUCCAAACCCUGACGUUUUACUUCAUCGAUAGACCAACAACAACAGCAAAUGCUCAGGUUUUGGAGGGAAUUCUUGUCCUUAUUACCCGCCAAAAAAUAGACCUAUAAAAACCCCUCCGUUAAAUCCCAGCCCUUUCUUUAUUCUCUUCGCUUCCCUCCACCGAAACACCAAUCCGCCCACGUGAAGCGCCGUCGUUUAGUUCCUGCCGGUGGCAUUAGCGUGGGGAUAUAGGUGAACCGUCUGAACAUGGAGGCAAAUUCUCUUAUUCAAAAACCCAAAAAGCAGAAACUGAAUGAAGAGCAAGGCAUUGAUGGGAACAGAAAAUGCUUUGGUAACUUACCCGAUGUGCUUCUUCGACACAUUCUUUCCUUUCUUCCCAUAAAAGACGCUGUUAAGACGAGUGUACUUUCUAAAAGGUGGGAAUUCCUCUGGACUAGUAAUCCCAAUCUUGAUUUUGGAGAACAUUUGGCUGGUAAGAGAAUGCUUCUCAUGAAUUUUGUGGAAAGAGUGCUUUAUCUUCGGGACUCCUCUGAUAUAAAAGAAUUCGUUCUCGAUUUUGAUGUGCAAUUUGAUGCAUCUCGUGUCCAGUCAUGGAUCACUGCUGCAGUAAGGCGUAAUGUUCAAAUUUUGAAUAUCCGCAUUAGGGACUUGAGAGGACAAUUUUCAUUGCCUCGUUGUGUGUUUACUUGUGAGACACUGACAAGCUUGGAGCUUGCAAUGCCGUGUAUCUUCAAAAUUCCUCCUAUAAUCUGUUUCUCAAAUCUAAAGGUCUUGAGUAUCGAAAAUGUUACAUUUUCGGAUGAUUACACAACCCAGCAGCUUCUUUCUGGUCUUCCAGUCCUAGAGGUGUUAUAUUUAGAAAAAUGCAGAUGGGGGUGUCGCAAAGUUCUGAGUAUUUCUUCUCCCAAGCUUCAUUCUUUAACCAUAAUUGAAGCUGAUAUGCAUCAACCGAGUGAUUGUCAGUUUAUGAUUUUUGGUGCUGCUCUCAAAUAUUUUGUUUAUAGUGGUGAGUUAUUCAAUGAAUAUUGCUUAUAUGACUCAUUCUCAAUAGAAAGCGCAGAUUUUGAUGUUACUUGCUAUGGUGAGUGGGCAAGUGAUGAGAGGGCAAGACAAGUUGCUUACCGCGGGUUUAAGUUGCUUAUAGCGAUCCCUAAUGUAAAAGACCUAAGACUAUACGGUAAUGCAUAUGAGGUUUUAGCAUAUGCACCAGAACUCCUACCUAAGAUGCCUAUCUUCAAUAAUCUGUGGUAUUUGAAACUGGGGGCAUUAAAUCUUGAAUGUGAAUCAUUAUUGAAGAUAUUGCAAAAUUCUCCAUGUCUUGAGACUCUGAAAUUUUUAAAGAUCGAUCCGAUUUCCGAUCGUGAGAAAGUUGAUAUAAUAUUGGAUCCACCGCCUUCAUGUUUCUCGUCUCAUCUCACUCGCAUUAAAUUUUGUUGUUAUGAUGGAAAGGACCUUAAUGCAGUAAAGAUUUUGCUCAAGAAGGCAAUUGCUUUGGACGAAAUAGUUAUAUCUUUUGAAGAGUCUGUUGAAAAGAACUUAGAGAUGCAAGAAAAUCUCUACAAACAGUUGAUAACGCUACCUAAAGGGUCACAGAAUUGUGAAAUCACUUUGAAAUGAGCUUUUCUUGAACUCUUACUCUUAAAAAAAAAAAACGCCAUUAAUUUCUGUUAUGGCUUGUUAGCAUUUUACCCUACCUAGGAAACUUGCUGUUAUAGAAUGUUGCUUUAUGUUAUUUGUGAUAAUUAGUUUUGA